UACUUAUAUACGAGCUCCACUUGAAUCUAGGUUGAUUAACCGCCACAUUAUCAAUCUAAAUGUGAAUUGUGAUUGUGCCUAGUAAUAGUAAAAUGUGUUACUUUGUUAAUUAUGUUUUGCUAAUUCUAACGUUCGCAGGAAUUGCCUUCUCCUGCACUACGGACGGUGAUUGUAAAGCACCUAACACCACGUGUAAUGAAGACAAUUGUGAGUGUCCUUUAGGAUACUUGCUUGACUCAGAAGGGAAAGAAUGUUUGCCAUAUGUAACCGAAUAUAAUGGAGAAUGCUCGCAAGAUGCACAAUGCGAGUGGCUGGGAGAGAACAGCGAGUGUGCUAACGUUUGCAGGUGCAAGGAAGGAUACCGGUGGUACCUUGGACUCUGCAGGCCAUACGCAGGGCUUGGGGGAAACUGCGCCGAAAACAUUGAUUGUUUCGAUGGCUAUAAUCUCCAAUCUUUGACUUGUUCCAAUGGCAAAUGCGCCUGUAGCGAGGGAUAUUAUCAAAGAGGCAAUACUGACUGCAGAAAAAUAGCUUCAAAAAACGACCUUUGUGCCUUGGAUAUUGACUGCAAGGAUGCGAACACUGCUUGUAUACUUGGAAAAUGCAAAGAAAAGAAAACAGUCUUAACGCUGGAUGAAAAAGAAGACGAAAUCGAAGAAGAAGUCGCGAAAAAUACCACAGACGCCGUCCCUUGCACAACAGACGCCGAUUGCUCCAAGAUCCCAAACUCUGAAUGCUACCCAAAAACCGGCACUUGCAUUUGCCAAAAACAGUUCUUUUUCAACGCAGACGCCACAGCUUGUGUGGCGGAAUUAGGGGUCAACGUUAAGUGCACCAAAAACAGUGACUGCCCCCUCAAACCUGGAAAAUGCCAGGAUGGGGUUUGCUACUGUCGCGAUUAUUAUUUCGUUGCCGACGGCAAUCAAAAGUGUGUCAAAACCAUGAGUCAGACCAACACCAACUGUCUUUCCAGAGAGUGGUGCUACGCAUGGGGUUCGCGUGUCUACUGCACCUCAAAUGAGACUUGCAGCUGUAGCAAAACCGCCGAAUUCGAUCACGACAAUGCUUUGUGCAUUUGGAAUGGGAGUGAUGAACCGGAGUGUUCAGCUGAUUACGAAUGUAACAACCCGAAAAAUAGUUUUUGUGUCGAUGAGAAGUGUCAGUGCCGUGGUGCAGCUGUUGUGGUCGAUGGUCAGUGUCUUCCAGGUCUUGGUGAUCAGUGUGAUGAGAAGUUUCCUUGCGGAGUUGAACAUUCCUCCUGCAUUGAUAAUGUGUGCCAAUGCUCGCCAGAUUACAUCCAGCAAGAGAGUGCUUGCUAUGCCGUAAUUCACAAUCUGGGAGGUGAGUGCGCGUUAGAUAUCCAGUGUUCGACUGGUAUCGCAUACACGGAAUGCGUUGACGGUAUUUGCAACUGUCACAGUGAUCGUAUUCCGUUUGACGAUAUAUGUUAUCAAAAGACAGAAUAUGGGGGUUAUUGCAACAGUGGGAUGGAGUGUGCACUUUCAUUAAAUCAAACCUUCGGGGAUUCCAUUCAGUGUCGUAAUCGGAAAUGUCAGUGUCCUACUGGUUAUAAAUUGAGGGAAAACAAAUGUUCGUCGAGUGAUAUCGUAGCAGGAAAUUUCCUUGUUGUAACUAUUUUAAUAGUGAGGAGCGUUUUAUCAGUCUUUAGUUAAUUUCCUUUUAUUAUACAAACACAAUAUUUUAUAGAAACAACAUAAAGACAUGUGUACACGUAUUUAAUAUCUAUACGUACUCUGUUUUCUUUUUUAUAUAAAGAUCCAGUUUAGUAUAUAAACAAUUUUUGAUAUUAAUUAGUCAUUUAAGAUAUUAACAAAGUGUUUUAAAUUAUAA